CAACAGCUGCAGAGCCUGCCGGUGGCUGGAAAGCGCCUUCGGUGGCUGAGCGGGGAGGAAGUGGGCGGUUUAGGACAUGGCUUUCUUCGGGUUAACAUUCCUGGGGUACCAGGAGCCCUUCCGGGAGAGAACAUUAGCGUUAGAAAAGCCUGACACAACAGGGCCAAAGCCGCUCAAAGGGGGAUUGUUUCACCCAAAGCUCCCCCCCAUCGGCCCGGGGUGCUUUGAUGGCACAGUGCACCAGGGGAGCUACACCCGCUACCGCGAGGCUGUGAAACAGAAUCAGCUCCAGAGAUCCCCCAACCAAGUCUUCAGGGUCCCAGUGACCUGUGCACAGGACUGCAGCUGGUGGCUGCCCAGGGAUCCCAUGGUCCGAGCAGAGGAGGCCACCCCCUGGAUGACGGUGCCGAGGCAUCCCCUGAUAAGGAGCCCCAUGACCAGGUUUGUGGACAGCAUGGGCUUGAGCAACCCCCAUUUCAGCCUGUUCUGAGCACCCCAGUGGGCCCCACCGCCGGGCACGUCUGGCCUUCCACGGACACGGAGCAGCCCCGGGUGCUGGAGCCUGGCAGGCACCGGGGCAAUAAAGCGAUGGAGGCAA